UUCGGUGGGUUUUCACCUAGGGUUUUGAAGAGCGAUAAACCCAGAACACAACUCUAUUUUCUCUUUGCCGAGGUCUUCGCAAUGAGCAGAUCAGGACAGCCUCCGGAUCUCAAGAAGUACAUGGACAAAAAGCUACAGAUAAAGCUUAAUGCCAACCGUACGGUGGUUGGAACGCUUCGUGGCUUUGAUCAGUUUAUGAACCUGGUGGUGGAUAACACUGUUGAAGUGAAUGGAAAUGAGAAAACCGAUAUAGGCAUGGUGGUCAUCAGGGGAAACAGUGUGGUUACUGUUGAAGCUCUUGAGCCAGUUAGUAGAGCACAAUGAUUGUAUAUGUUUCUGUAUCGAUCCGAUCUAAUUUGUAGUGGUAGAUUAUCUUGAUGUUGAAAGUCAUACAGUAGUCUUAACCGUUUUUAACCUGCCUGUUAUCAUUCAUCUUUCUGGACUGAUAAGCUUGUUUUUCAGAUCAAUUGUAUCCAACAGAAUCAUUUGAUAAAUUGAUAUUAAGGUCUUAAGCUGCUUUCAGGCCUUGGAGAUA